AUGCUCCGCACCGUAGCCGAGAGCUCCCAGAAGAGGGAUUGGUUGACUGAUGAAGAAAGCGAAACGAGGAGAGUCGCCCGGGCGGAGUCGCUACGUAAUCGACGUAAGGCAGCGCCUGCGUCUUUGGACGUGAAGAAUACUGCACAAUUCUAUCCAGCAUGGACUGUCGUGAAAAAGCGUCAAUCGGAGUCGACAGACUUUGCCGACACUGAUUUUGAAUAUGGCUCCUCAGACGAGGAGUCUCCGCGGAUGAGUCUGGGCUCAUUUGGUCGCGAUAGUAGAUCUUCCCUUUCCACGCCAGAGCUACCUACGCCUGACCAGGCCCCAACGGAGCCUUUUAGCUUCCAGCUUGACAAAAGGAUCAAGGGACCUUCUGGACCGCAUCUCUUCAGAUCCUCUAUUGCUUCUUAUGGGUCUGCGCCAUCGACUGCCGAAAUUGACGUCUACUUUGAAAGAUCACCUGUUCAGUCUCAACUCGCCCAGGCCCCAUAUUCUGGGACACAGUUUUCUGAAACUCCAGCUACUCAGUCCCAGUUCGCCCUUACUGCAACACCUAGCGCACGAUCUCAGUUCUCAGAGGCGUCAAGUGCUCGGUCGCAAUUCUCAGAGACCCAAAGUUCUAGAUUCCAGUAUUCUGAACCCCCCAGUGGUCGGUCCCAGCUCUCCGUAUCUGAGAGCUUAACCUCGAGGGCUCAGUUUUCCGAGGCCCAAAGCUCGAGAUUGCAGUACUCUGAACCUCCGAGUGCUCGAUCUCAGCUCUCCGUUCCCGAGAGCUCGAAUCCCAGAACUCAAUUCUCCGAGACCCAAAGUUUGAGGUUUCAAUACUCCGAACCUCCAAGUGCUCAAACCUAUUUUUCUGGGACGUCAAGUACUCGGCCUAAUAUCUCCAUUGCUGAGACCCCGAACUCAAGAACGCAGUUCUCUGAGCCUCCAACCGCACGAUCAUUCUACUCAGAGACGUCGAGUACUCGGCCCCAAUUCUCUGUCGCCGAGACUCCAAAUUCGAGGAUGCAAUUUUCUGAGCCUCCAAGUGCUCGAUCCCAAUUCUCAGAGACGAAGAGUACUCGCUCCCAGGUUUCUUCGGAAAAUCCUUACUCCAGAACCCAUUUUACUGAGACCCCAAGCUCGAAGUCCCAGUUCUCUGCGGGCGAGGUUUCAAUGGAUAGGUACCAAUUCUCUCCUUGCACCCCCAAGGCCUUCACAACCGUGCACCCAGACGUUUCGCAGGUGGAGGAGAGCGAAAUCCGAGGCUGGAUACCCAGCCAGGUAGCACACUGGAUGCAUAUCGCCGGAUAUGAUGACUACGUUAUUGAAAAGUUCAUGGUCAACGAUAUCACCGGCUCUGUUCUGCUAAGUCUCCAAAUCGAUGAUCUCAAGGAACUCGGAAUCAAGUCAUUUGGCAAGCGCCAUCAGUUAAUGUCCUCGAUUGACCAUUUACGCUCGACUAUGCGGAAAACACCAGAUCUCGAACCACCUGUCAAUCACAGGCGCUCAUAUGCAAUGUCCGUAUCUCCAACGGGAGAAGUACUUUCCAGGGAAGUCAUUGGCCCGGGUAGUGGCCGGCAGGUUGUAGCAGGAGAAGCUGUCUCUAUUGUCGGCAUUGAGCAGGUUCUUCCUAAGCCUCAUAACUGCUCCAAGGGAGAAAACUGUCCCAAGUAUAGAAGGCGCCAGCGCCAGCUGGAGAAGCUCGCUGCGGAAUUCCCUGACGCUGUUCUCUUGCCAGGAGGUUCAAUGCUCACAGGAAAUCCUGGAAACCCAGACACGGCAAAGAACCUCCUACGUCCUACAUCCGAUGCUGGGCCCUCGAUUGUCGCUUCGUCAGACAUCUUUGGGCCAGCCCAAGAAACUCCCAGACUCUGUGAAGAAGCGCUGAACGAGGUUCAGAAACUCGAUCCACAGGAAAGCAUUAGACAAUUUCUCAAUUACCAGCACGUGGAACCAUGUGACCCUGAGUCAGAGCCAGCCCCAGCUGCCGGACAGCCCGCAGAACCCGCCCCUGCGCUGACUCCUCCAGCUUCUCACACAAACAACAUGGCUGCAAACCUUCGUAGCCUACCCAAGUUGAAGAUUCCUACAGACUAUGACUCCGAUGACCUUACAACGGCUGUUACAACCCAGCGAACGAUCACUCCGUCCGUGGCAACCCAGGCGUAUGGUUCUCCGACUGUAAUCCAACAGUACGGUCCGUUCAGUUCUAUGAGAACUAUGGACCAUUACCGCCAAGGCACGCCUUUUUCCGAGAUGGAUGCCCCGAUCACCGCAAUCCCUAAUGAUCCUGUUGGUCGUGAUGUCUCGCAGUCUGUUCCGCCAGAUAUGCGCUAUGGUAACCUCAUGCAACUCCGCCAUCAAAGACUUGCGCCACGUAGCGCCUUCUUACGCCCUCAACCUAGCCCACCGCAGCAUCGUGCUCAGGGACGACCACUUACUCCUAUCGAUGAUCCAGAGGACUUGAGGAAGAGAAGCCCGCGUAUAGGAUUCCACAAACCCAGCUCCUCAGACACAUCUCUCUCUUCGGACCCAGAUGUCACUAAAAGUGGAUAUAUGAAAAAACGGAAACAGGCUCGCUUCCUUCGCCACGAAUGGCAAGAUGCGCACUUUACCUUGCGUGGAACCAAUUUGGCUAUGCACAAAGAUGAGCUUGCUGCCAUUCGCAACUCCAAAGCUCUGGAUUCAAUCGACGUCGAUGAUUAUGCGGUCGCUUGCUCAUCACUGGCAACUAGCUCUAAACUGACCGCCGCAUUCAAACGGUCGGUCCUACGCAGUGGGAACAAUAUCAGCAAAGAUGAUACAGCGUUCGCCUUUUCCCUGAUCCCUUCGACAAGGGAAAAUGAGAAGAAGGCAUUGUUUGGGAACAGUAAUGUUAAGGGUCAUCAUUUUGCGGUCAAGACUCGAGACGAACGGAUUGACUGGAUGCGAGAGCUGAUGCUUGCCAAGGCCCUCAAGAAGGGUAAAGAAGGCGGUGCCUCGAUGCAAGUAAAUGGCAAUUUCAUCUAG